AUGAGCGGCGGGGGUGAGGUCGUGCCCAGACUCAGCUUUGAGGAAAUGCGGAGCGAGAUGAGCAAGUAUGGCGUAGAAAUAACGCAGGGGACUCUGAAAAAUCCCACGACAGAAGACAUGCAAGGGGUGUAUAGUAUGUGUAUAAAGCACAUCCUAAACAAAGACAUUAACAAUAUACGUAUUGAAGAAUUCACAGGGGACUUAAAAAGUUCCAUGCCGUCCAUUGACGGCAUUCAAAUUUUGCCCAACGAAGGAAAGAACCACUUACAGGCGAUUGGAAAUUUGCGUUUCAUUCGCCACUGUGAACAAAUAAAUAAAAUUUUGUGUGUAGAAAAUACACUGAGUUAUUUAUUCAAGCCAGUGAGCAGUCACAUGACAAGACUUAUAAAUGCAUUCAUUCACUUCACCAAGUAUAAGGAGCAAAUUUACCUGGACAAUGAAAUUAAAAUUAAAAAAAUUCAAGAGGGGAAGAGUGAAGACUUUGCAUUGGAUUCUGAACUUAAAGGAGUGAAGAACGAAUUACAAUCUCUGUUAGAACAUUUUGAACAAAUAAAAAACAGUGUCCUUAGUGAAAAAAAUAAAAAAAGGGAUUACGAAGAAGAAAUAAUUAAUAACCAGAAUUUACUCAACGCACAACAGAGCACGAUCAUUUCUUUAAGAGCGACAAAAGACAAAAUUGCAAAUGAAACAAAUGAACUGAUAUUUCAGUUUUCUCGCUUCAGACAAAAAAAAGAAGACCUGGAAGAUCAAAUUGUCCCUUCACCUGAAAAGCUACAAGAAUAUAAUCAGGAGUUGAAAAAUCUCCUCCUACAACACAUGUCUUACUUCGAAUCCGAUAAGAAAAAAAAUGAAGAAAUUAAAAAUAAAAUAAACGUGGCGGACUUAUGUUUGAAAAAACUUGUAGAGCUGUUAACCUCGUUGACUAGCCAUUUUAACGAUACAAUAAAAUAUCACAUACAAAAAAAGGAGGAGUUAAAAAAUUUGGAAAAGCACUUGAAGACGUUGAAAGGUGAUAAGGAUAAUUUAACCAUGAGGAAGAAGGAUCAGGAAAAAAUUUUGCGUGACACAGAGCAGUAUUUUGCUGAGCAAAAGGCCAAGUGGAAUGCCAAAGUUGAAGGAGAGGAAAAAAACGUACUCGUUGUGGAGAAAAAAGUCAAUCAAUUGUAUGAACAAAUAGACCAGCUGAACAGGCAGGCUGAUAGGGAAGCCCAAGAAAUUGACUCCAUCGCCAAGCUCAUUCAGGACACGCUCGAGAGCUACAGUCGGAACUUUGCUGUAGUGGACGACCUGACCGAGCGCACACGCAAUUCGCACGCUGUGCUCUCUACCAAGGUCCGCACGCUCGUGUUGCCCUGCGCGGGCAAGCCCUAA